CCUCCUACUUCUUUCCCUUGGAAAAUCGGUAAACAUGAAGCUGUUUCUGGUUCUCAUUGUUCUGCUGUCUCAGGUACUCACAGCUGGGGCAAAACCCCCAAGAUGCUUUAAUAAUGUGGCAGGUUACUGCAAGAAGAAAUGCAAAAUAGGGGAAAUAUCUGAAAUGGGAUGUCUACAUGGAAAAUUGUGUUGUGUCAAUGAAGAGGAAAACAAAAAGUACCACAAACUCCAACAACCACCUCCACAGCCUGAGCAGAAGGGUGAGGAAGUGGAAGACUAUAUUAUUUAUCCCACCAUCACUCUUGUUUCAACCCUGUGA